UCGCUGUUGAAUACGCGAGUGUUUUUCCUUUGGUCCGCAUUUGGCUUUACGGGCUGUAUUCUGCGUACGUGUGUUGUGUUGUUUUCUACUGUUGUUAUUCGCAUUCUUUUCUAUCGUGGUAACCUGAACAGAAGUGAAGAAAGAAGAAGAAAAAACGUCAGGUUGCGGUACAUGAUUAGAUAGAUGUCAAAUAAUUUAUUGGUAAUAGAACACCUACAGUUGUUUAAGCAUUUACAGUGCACGGACGCAGCAAACUCAAAACUUAUAACAACAAACAUUCGGACGACAUUACGAUUUUUUGGACGGUUCUGUGCCAACACAAGUGAAUAUUGAAAUCGAGCGUCGUUACCGUCGCUUUCAAGUGAGUGCGAGCUUUUAAGCAAAUAGUGAAACAUUGAAGCCAAAACUAGAAAAUGGAAAACCAUAUGUUAAUGUGUGUUGGAAAGAUUGAGUGAACCUCUUUUGGGCUAAAAAUCCGGUCCGCUGCCAACAAGCAAGGUAGUUUGAGGCGAUGGCGUAAGUAAACUCAGGAAAGGCCUGAUAAGAUAAGCACAAUCACCUAAGACCAUCACCGUGGCCGUCGUCAUUGUCAGGCACAUUGAGUGCUCAAUGAGCUGAAGCUGUUGUUGAGUGGUGUAAAUAUAAAUAGUUGAAAAAUUUGUGUCUUGCCGUAAGAAAUACGCAGAAAGAAGUCCCAAAACGAUGGUGAUAGGAAAACUGCAACCGUUGGAAUUUACGGACUGUCUGCUGGACAGUCCGGAGUUCCGCGAAAAUUUAAAUCAACAUGAAAAAGAGCUGGAGAAAACAAGUCAGCAAAUUAAACGGAUCAUCAAGGAAGUGAAGGACUUGUUAGCUGCCGCCAAAAAUCUGUCCAGGGCGCAGCGAACACUAUCGAAGAGCCUGAAUGAGUUCAACUUUGAGUGCAUCGGCUCGACGCAGACAGACGAUGAGCAGGUGAUAGCGGAUAGUCUUAAGCAGUUCGGCAAGCUCAUCUCGGCAAUUGAGGAAGAGCGCGAUAAUAUGCUGGACCGGGCACACGAUCAGAUCGUGGGACCCUUGGAAGAGUUUCGCAAGUGUCAUAUAGGAGGUGUAAAAGAGAAUAAAAAGAAGUACGACAAAAAGACUGCCAAAUUUUGCCAGGCGCAAGAAAGGUUCCUUAACAUGUCCUCCAAAAAGCCAGGUGCUGCCGUAGUGGAGGCUGAUGCAUCAUUAGGAAUGCUAGAAAGAGAAUACCUUCAAGAGUCCCUUAGUUACGUUUUGGGAAUACAGGAAGUACAAGAAAGGAUAAAGUUCGAAUUUGUGGAAAUCAUUCUGAGAUUUAUUUCCGAUUGGCUGGUGUUCUAUCAUCUCGGCCAUGAAGUAGCGGAAGAUGCCAGAGACUAUCUGUCAGAUCUCCAGCUUAAAGUUCAAAAGACACGGGAAAAUUUUGAUGAGACUCGGCAGAAGGCGCAGGAGCUAAAACACAGAUACAUGGAGAGCAAGAUGAAACCGGAAAGCGAGUACGCCAAGCAGGGUUACCUUUUCGUUAUGGAAAAGAAGGCAUUCACUGCAACAUGGUCGAAAUAUUAUUGUACAUACAAGAAACAGAGUAAAAAGUUUUCCAUGCUGCAGUUCAAUCAAAUGUCGGGCCGAUCGCAAUCAUCCACGGAAGUACUGACGUUGGCUUCCUGCACGCGCCGGCUUUCGGAGUUUGAAAAACGCUAUUGCUUCGAUUUGAUCUUCGAAGAGCGGCCGGCGAUUACAUAUACCUGUCAAGCACUUAGCGAGGAGGACCGAAAGGCUUGGCUGAACGCAAUGGAUGGUAAAGAGCCGGCAUACCUGGCUCCAUCGACGAAUCACAACGAAGAUGGCAACCUGGACGAUGUUGGAUUUGCGUUUGUACGUAAGUGUAUUGAGGUACUGGAGCGUCGGGGGUUGGAGGAGGAGGGUUUAUACCGUAUUGGUGGUGUGAGUACAAAGAUAACGAAGUUAUUGAACAUGGGACUAGACAGAAAAAAGACUGAAAAGGAUAGAUUGAUGUUUUUCAAUGAUGAGCAAAGCUCGGACGUGUUAGAGAGUAAGACGAUAGCAAGUGCUUUAAAGCAUUACCUAAGGAAUCUGAACGAACCACUAAUGACCUUUCGCUUGCAUCACUCGUUCAUUUCGGCGGCAAAGCAAGAAACCCGACAGCAGCGAAUAAACGACGUACACCAGCUGAUACACAGGCUACCCAAAAGUCACUUUGAAAUGCUGGAUAUUGUCAUUAGGCAUUUGAAAUGCGUAUCCCUUAAAUCAGAGAAGAACAAAAUGUCUGUGUUCAACCUAGGUGUAGUAUUCGGACCAACACUGCUGCGAGCAGCCGAGGAAACAGUCGCUGCCAUAUUAGAUAUAAAGUUUAACAAUGUUGUGAUAGAAAUCCUGAUUGAAAACUACGAUAAAAUCUUCAAGUCGCAACCAGGCAAAAAUGUUGAAUACUUACCACAUACGAACACAAGCCCACUAAUGGCCAUGCCGAGGUCCUACACCGGUAUUGGUGGUGGAGGCGGUGGUAUUGGCGGAGGAGGAGGAGGAAGUGGCGGUGGUGGAGGUAAUGGUGGAGUGGUAGGAACCGGUUAUACCAAAGAGCGCAAUGUUACUUAUUCCCAGCCCGUUGUACGGGUUGUAGCCAAGUCAAAUUACACCGAACCAGUAAUGUCUUCUAGCUUGCAAAACAUUUCCAAUGGCCUAUCUCUAUACAGCAAAGGAACCAAUCACUAUCCCACCUAUGAAGCAAAACCGAAGAUCAUUUCAUCAAUCAAUAGUUCUACACCGUCAUUGCUUCGAGAUACUACUCUUUCGCCAAGAGAAAUCAGUAUAGAUACCCGGGAAACCACCUACCUAAAGUCCGCGCCUUCAACAAUCACAAUCAGCAGUCACAAUAGCCCGCCCCCGCCGAACCACAAUCACCAUUUGGUGCGGCCAGACGGCAGUGGAGGCAGCAGUCAACUGUAUCAAAGCAACUACCAGAGCCAUUUGUUGCAUAGCCGAGGCGAUCCUGCGUCCAUGAUACGUGGUGGUAGCGCGGGAUCGGACAGCAUAUAUGGUGCCACGACAACAAUGCACAAACUUGGUCACCCUAAUCCAAUGACCAGUAGUGAUUCCAAUCUUACGAACACUAGAAAGGAGCUUUCGAUAUACGAUCGUAUCAACUCCACCAGUAGCUCGAAUGAAUCAGUCUGUUCUUCAUCUAGUCGAGAUCUCAAUCAUUCGUAUGGAAGCAGUCGGCCAAUAUCCAGUUGGGAUUAUGGAACUGGAAACGGCAGUAUCGGCAUGGUGAGCAGCACACUGAGUAAGUUCUCCAUCCGGGACGACACUAGUCAGGGAUAUAUCCCGAAGAAAACGCAACGCGUGAAAGGUCUAACACGGCACACCAAAAUGUUGACGCCGAGAGAUAACUUGCGCGUGCGGACUCUGUACGCCUGUUUGGCCGAGAACGAUGGUGAACUGUCGUUUGAACCAAAUCAAAUCAUUACCAAUGUGAAACGUUCCAACGAACCAGGCUGGCUCGAAGGCACCCUGAACGGCAAAUCAGGCCUAAUUCCAGAAAACUACGUAGAAGUACUGAAAUAAAUCCACAUGUGUCGCGCAAUCACGCACCCACCAAAAUGACAGAAGAGCCUAUGCAAAACCAGCAGCUGUUAUACCGAAUUGCAUGUAUAGCAGACAAAGUUGUGUAUUUUGUUUGUUUGAAAUACGAGAGUGUUAGGCGAAUAGCAAUGAAUUUAUAUCACACUUUUCGUUUCGUGAAAACUAUUUUUGAUAAUUCAUUUCUACAUAUAGCAGAAGAGCGAGACAUUUUAUACACAAUUUUCAGAACAUGUUUUGAAUCGAAGGAUUUAAUAUAUCGCAUUUAUAUGGUUUCAUAAUGUCGAAAAAACAUGGUUAUGUAAAUACAUAUAUGGGUUACUGUAUAUGACAGUAUUAAUAUUUUAUGUUCAUCAUUGACACUCUUGAACGAAAAUGUCUAGUUUAUUUAUUUCGGUCUAAUGACGCAUGCCACAGAAGGUACUCCAGGAAAGUAGGAACAUCGAAAACCAGCUGACAGCCUAAGGUAUAGUAAGGUUCUAAAUAGGAAAUUGAAACAAAAACAAAUCACAAUAAUAAACUGAAACACCAAUAGCUGCGAAGUAAUAACAUUUAACUAUAAUGGCUAUCAACCAUAAUCGCGUAAGUGAGAGGAUUUUAAUGGUAAUGCUAAAGAAAUUUAAAGUUUUAGUCUGUCAUAAAAAUUUAGUAGAAAAUUUACCACUCUUUGGAUACGCAAGUCUUGCUUUUAUGAGCAAAUUUUCCUAUUUUCCCAUACCACGUAGGUUCUUUUGAUGCACACCGAACUGAAGUUUUACAGAAGCAAAAAUAAAUGUAUGCACCGUCCAAUUACAUAACAUUUGUAGACCCUUUUUUUUAAAUUAUGCGCCUAUAAUUCUAAAACUGUUUGCAGUUUUGGAAAGUUUUGUACUAUUUUUUUGAUUGAAGCGCUUUGAUGUAAGUGCUUUGUGUCGAACAAGCAAAUGUCCACGUAAUGGCAAUUUAUUUUAAACUGCGAGCCGCUUACAAAUCAUUAGAAAAACAAACAGGAAACUCUAAAAUAAAAUAUACCUACAUAAUACAACCGCUAUUUCGCAUGAAGCUCUAAUUGUAAAAAGUAGCAUCGUCAAUCAUAUGCACACAAAAUUGCAGAAUGCUAGGUUACAUCUCCAAUUCAGUGUAAUAUAUGUACAUUUACUAAGAUUGAAUCUAGUUUUAGGACUAAAUGUAACCAUUCGAAACAAAUGAGAAAAUAUGUGAAAACAAUGACACCAGAAAGAUAAACUUUAGCGCUAAGCAUAGAGAAGUAAGUAAAUCAGCAUAAAUCAUGAGGAUACCGGGUGAGAGUUCGAACAUUUUGACUAGUUCACCACAAAAAAAUCAUUAAAUUAGAAUGUCGCUCGAGAAUGUGUGCUUAGUCUGGUUUUGCUUUUUAUAUCAACACAAAAUAUCUAGAUUAUUACCGAUUUACAAUGGCACUAAAUCUGGCCUAGAUUUUAUUUUUUGUAUAUAUUUAUAUAUCAAGUAAUCAUAUGUAUGAGCGGCUCCUAAUGGAAUAGGUGUGUGCAAGAAACUUCCGUUAGGAUUUCAAUUACUAAUGGGAUUUAGUCAAAAUUUCUUUUAGAAUGUCAGUUGCCAUAUAACGUACAAAAACAUAUUUAUGAAGCGUCUAUUUAAAUUGAAUCAAGCUCAUUUAAAUUGAAUCAAACUCACUGGCCCUACUUUCAGAUAGUAUGUGUACUCAAGUAAUUCUUUUCCAUCUAUUCCUUUCGUUACUAUACGUAAAACAUUCCCCGUUCUUUCGUGUUGAUGUGUUAGGUCAUGUCUACCUAUUUGUUUUAUAUUGGCCCUAUGAUACAUAUAAUAGACUAAAACAGUAUGCCGUAAUAAGUCAACCCAAGCAUUCCCUUAAUUUUUAUUCAAUCGAUGUCAGUUCUUUCCAAGCGUAUACCUUUCGUUCUCUCCAGUUUUCCACCAUUGGAAUGAUUUGUAUAAAUUUUUAAUCAAAUUUUAAACAACACUGCAAAACAUUAUUCGCAAUAUAAACAGAGAGAAAGUGAAGGAAGGAAGGAAAUCAUUAGGCUGUGAUAAAAUCACAACAUGAAAUAAAAUGUUCUUAUUUAGACCUAGUUUCUGUAGUAUGUUUUUAAUUUCCUCAUAUUUUUACCAUCACCUUUUAGUUUCACUUGUAGAUACAGUUUUUGUUAUUGCGUUUGGAUUAUAUUAUCGGUUGUUGAAUUUUAUUGCGCGCUAGCGCUAGCAUUGAUUUAUAAAAUUCCACCUAACUAUAAAAUCGAAUAAGCAAACAACUAAUCCAAUAAGCCCCUUCCAAGGAGUGCGCAUCACAGACCUUGAGGGUAGCCGAGUAUUAUAUUGUAAAAAAAAAACUUUGGGCCUGAGAAAUAUCACAAAUUAGUAAUUUUUUGUUUGAUAAUACAACUUUUACGUCUGCGAAUAGAAACUCUUUAAUAUAAUGAAGUGUUUUUAGAUGCUAAGGUUUGUGAAUAUAUUGUUAUUUAAUUUUAUGUCUUUUAAAAGUCAGUUGCAAAUAACCGGAAAUCAGAGUAAUAAAAAAAAAGAUGUGAAUUAUUUUAUUUAUACGAAUAUCAUAAAGAACGAUUCCUUGGUAUUUGGAAGU